CUACAGGUCCCGGCAUGCCCGGCCGCGCUCCGCACCUGCCCGGGGAGCGGCUUUUGUUAUCGGCGGGGCCCCGGGAGCGAUGUACGAGGGCCCCGCCGCCGCCUCCUCCGCGCCGGGAGCAGCGCCCAGCGUUAAUGUACGUGCAGGAGCUGGGCCAAAAGGAGACGCAGGGCUCUGGCAGCCCUGGCCGAGUGCUGACUCACCAGUUGGGCUUCCUCCCCGGAACCAGCAGCAGUGUGGGGAGCAGGGCAGCAGCAGCCUGGCACCUCAGCACGGUGGGGCUCCCGAGGGCUCCCGCGAGAGCCGCUGGCACGACAGCCGUGUCCACCCACUGCCGAGCAGCUGUACGGCUCCUUCUCCUGCCCGCUCCCACAGGCAGGGACCUGGCUGCCAGCCUGGGGGGAGCAGGGUCCUGCCCGGUUCCUUCAGAGCAUUCUCUCCCCUGUCUGGCGCUGGUGCUGAUCCGGACAUCUCCAAGUGUUUGCUUUGGUGCUGAGCCCCCUGCAUCACGUAGCAGCUGUCACAGAGGCAGCGCUGAGCAGGCAGGGGCCAGAGAAGGGACUCUGCUGCCCACCAGCGCUGCUCCAGGGAGCCAGGGAGGAAGGUGCUUCUCCCCAUGGCAGCCGGCCCCCCCACGUAACACCAGCCAAACUGGACACCGCGACUUGUGCAGCGGCGAUGUCCCCGAGGUGGAGAUCAUCAGCCUGCUGGGUGAGCAGCUGCCCCGCUACACGCUCCGGGCUGACACCGUCUUCGGCUAUGACCACAACGACUGGCUGCGUGUGUCCCCCAGCCCCCCGGAGCCCGCAUCCCCCCUCACUCCCCAGCAGAUCGAGGAGACCCUGCAGUAUUUCCGUGAGUGA